AUGCCAGCCGCAACAGCCUCCAACAAUGCCGCUGCUGCCGGUGGUAUGAACAACGGAGACAACGGCGCUUCGAAUUCCAAACCAGUCAACAAUUUCCCUCCUCCCAAAACCGAUAAACCACGGCCUCAUGUUUGCGGCACUUGCCAGAGGUCAUUCGCUCGACUGGAGCAUCUUAAGCGACACGAAAGAUCGCACACAAAAGAGAAGCCCUUCGAAUGUCCCGAGUGUGCGAGAUGUUUUGCGCGGCGGGACCUGCUGCUACGGCACCAGCAGAAGCUUCAUAUGACCACGACGCCGUCAUCUCGUCCCAGAAACCGUCGGGAGAGUGUGGCUAGCAAUAGUACGGCCGGGCCGGGUCGAGUGCGAAAAGGAUCCGUUGCGAAUGGCCAUGCCGCGGCGACUAUGAGACCCAGAGCCAAUACCAUAAGCCAUGUGGAUGGUGCACACAUGCAAUUGAUGGCCGCGGCGAAUGCUACUGUUGCUCGAGCCGGAAUCAAUGUUACACAUCCCACCCACAGCCGUCAUCCCAGCCUCGCUGGACUGCCCAUGCAGAAUGAAUAUGUUUUUGGUGGUAUGUCUGCGGCCAUGGGCCAGCGAGGGUUGAAUCAUGGCUUGCCAAAGUUGGAGACUCAUGGAUUCAAUCAUAUGGAUUACGGUGGUGGUCUGCGGACAGCGCCAGUUGCUGGCGGCUUUAACAAUGCCGACUUUGACUAUGAAGGACUGCUUUUUGGCCCAGGCUCCACGACCAUUAAUCCCAAUGCUCUCCAUUACAACGACUCUCCACAGUCAAUGGCCAUGGACGCGCAGUCUCCCUACCACCAGGCUUUUCCGGACAUGUCUGCUAGCCAAGCACUGGAUGAUAACUUUGACUGGAUGCACGGCUUUGACCAGCAGAUGACAUUCCAGGACGGAAACGAAAAUGCCAUUGAUGGUUCCUCGCCUUCGGCAAUUAGCACCGCUAGCCAAAGCGGCAUUAGUGAGGUCAUGUUGGAUGGUUCUAAUAAUCCAGCGGCUCAAGCGACCUCCAUGUGGCAGCAAUCCAUGAUGGGGCCCCCACACGCAGCGUCUCACCCUUUUGGUAUGGACAUGGGGAACUCAGGAUUCAGCGAUUUGAUGAACGGCCCAUUAUCUCCUCAUAACAUGUCCCAGAAAAACAUUAAUGAUCCUUAUUUUUCCACACCUCCACCGUCCAUGACCGCCGGUAUGAGCCCUUCAAUGCUUGGAUUUGGCACACAAGCAUACCCUCCUCAGAUGAACAUGAGACCUGAGACUCCAGUAUCUGUCAAUGGCUUGAACGUUCAGUCUCUGCUACCCUUAUCUACCAUUACAGACACUACCCGGCAGGCUCUGUUAAGCGCGCUCGCUCAAUGUAGUCCUUAUGGCGGUCGAAAAUAUUCCUUCCCUGCCACGAGCUCCCCGCUAUCACCUCACUUCAAUAGCCGCGCUCCUGCAAUGGCUGAAGGUCCGCGGACGCUUCCUAGCACGCACGACCUUCAGCGCUACAUUGGAGCGUAUAUUCGAUACUUUCAACCACAUCUACCUUUCCUUCAUAUUUCAACGUUAUCCUUCGAUGUGUCUACAAUCCACGGCGACGGCACUCAAGCUGCUGGCUUAGUCGGUGGACGCGGGUGCCUCAUCCUUUCUAUGGCCGCCAUUGGUGCGUUGUACGAGUUGGAACAUGCUCAGUCGAAGGAGCUGUUCGAAUCUGCGAAGAAAAUGAUUCAAUUAUACCUAGAAGAACGCCGAAAGGCGGAUGUGCGCAAAGCCGAUCACCGAAAAUCAGGAGUUGACCACGGCGUCAGAGCGUCCGAGAACUCAGUUCAUACCCCAGUUUGGCUGGUCCAGGCUAUGUUGCUGAAUGUGGUUUACGGUCACAAUUGUGGUGACAAGACUGCUGGAGAUAUUGCAAGCACCCACUGCGCCGCUCUGGUUAGCCUUGCGCGAGCUGCGAAGCUCCUGACACCUCAAAGCGUCAGCAGUGUUCAGGAUCAACAAGAGGCAGGACACUGGGGAAGUGAAGAUAUACCAGACGAUCAACAGGAGUGGUACAAUUGGAAAUCUAUGGAGGAACGAAAGAGAACUUUAUAUGCCGUCUUUAUUUUGUCGAGCUUACUUGUGUCUGCUUACAAUCAUGCCCCAGCUCUGACGAAUUCUGAGAUCAAGCUUGAUCUUCCAUGCGACGAAGAAUUCUGGACCGCAGAAUCAGCAACGAAUUUCUACUCAAAGGGCGGCGCUCAGAUGGCGAAUCACAACCAGGUCAGCUUUCAUGACGCUUUAGCCGAGCUUCUGAAAACCAGCGAGAGACAACAGCAACAAAAGAUGGAUCAAGGUCAGACAUUUGGAUCGAAUAGUCCUCAAGAGCUUCCAAAAAGUGAUCUACGACCCAGCACGUUUGGGUGUUUAGUGUUGAUCAACUCAAUACACAAUUACAUAUGGGAGACGAGACAACGACAUCAUAACCGCGUUUGGACAAACGAGGAGACUGAGAAGAUGCACAGACACAUCGAGCCAGCUUUAAAGGCAUGGCAAGCAGCCUGGGCAAACAAUCCUCAUCACAGCCUUGAGCGUCCUAACCCAUUCGGUUAUGGACCUUUAUCAGCCGAUAGCAUUCCACUUCUUGACCUCGCCUACGUAAGAUUAUUUGUGAAUCUGUCACGAUCGAAAGAGAAAUUUUGGCAGAGAGAUUGGGAUGGUAUGGCCGAGGAGCUGUCUCGUGGCAAUGAAAUUAUUCAGCAUGCUGAACAUUCUCCAGAAUCAAAUGGAGAUUCGGACAUGUCUACAUCUAGUUCUGUUUUUGUGGAUACACCUCCGACCUCCACCUCUUCUCCCGAAUUCAAAGCGGAUGUUAUGCCGGGACUUAAUGGUCAAGACAACGUCCAAAUGUCAAAUACCCUAAAUACGUCAACUACCCACGCAACCUCGAAACGAGAACGGCACCUACGCAAAGCCGCCUUUUAUGCUGCGGACUCACUUUCCAUGUCCGACAAAUUAGGCGUCACUUUUGCCGAUUUUACCUCUCGUGAGCUCCCGCUGCAGUCGGCUAUGUGCGCAUUCGAUUGUGCUCAAGUCCUAGCGGAAUGGGUUGCAACUGUUCAAGAACGUGUGGGCAGUUUUAUGGGCAUUCUCGGAAAAGACGAAAUUGAUUUUGGUCAGGUACCUGGUAUCAUGCUACUCGAAGAUGAAGACUGCAAACUUUUAGGCAAGAUUCAAGAAGUCUUGAACAGCGCUGAAAUCAAAAUGAAUUAUGAGCUUACUGGGUUGGGCUCUGUAGCUCCACACCACGUCGCUCAACAAUUGGCUGAUAAUUGUGGUUACGGCAGCCAGAUACUUAGGGUCACAGCUUAUAUGCUUGAUAAAGCUGCUGUUUGGCCAGUCACUCGUCUUAUGGCUCGUAGUCUCGAAACACAAGCUAGUCACAUGCGUGCACGAGCUGAGAACUCAGUCAGACCUCGAAAACAAUCACCACAAAUGUAA